AUGGAUCUUCUACCCCACCUUGUUGCCCUUUUCUCCAACGAUGCAUCUGAAUCAGAUCAUAAACACGUGAUCAUCGACCAUUUACGAUCAAACGUCCCUGUCACUGCACCAAAAGCUGAUAUUGUCACUGCUGCACGCGCACUCGUCAAUGUAGUGCCGGAAGAGGGAUGGUCUACAAAUACUGUCCUUGCGCAUCUACUUCAAGAUAUUGCAUCUGGUCUCGCAAGAGGCGCUAGUGGACCUCGAUUCUUCGGAUUCGUAACAGGUGGUGCACUUCCUGCUGCACAGUGCGCAGACAUUCUCACCACCAUCUUUGAUCAAAACGUCCAAGUUCAUCUACCAGAUGAGACAAUUUGUACCGCCCUUGAACACAAGACGCUCCUGCUCAUCCUCGACCUCUUCAACAUUCCCCGCGAGACAUUCGCUGUAGGAUCCUUGACGACCGGCGCUACAGGGAGCAAUGUCCUCGGACUUGCAUGCGGUCGUGACGCAGCGAUCCAACACGCCCUCUCAAAUUCAUCAUACAGUACAGGAGACGACGGGAUUCCUCCAAAUAUCACAAUCCGCGUUCUCACCGACCGACAUCACGCUAGCAUCGAAAAAGCCGCAGCCCUCGUUGGCAUCGGGAGACGCAAUGUCAAAAGCCUGGAACAUACAAUUCGCCCAUUCGCUCAAGCCCUAGAAGACGAGCUCAAGGCAUCCACGGUCCAAGGAAAGAAAGUAGCGACCAUUGUCGUCGUCAGCUUUGCAGAAGUCAACACUGGCGACUUUACAGAUUUGACUGGAGUACGUGAUGUGUGUGAUCGAUAUGGUGUGUGGUUGCACGUCGACGCCGCGUUUGGUGCAAUGGCGUGUUUGUUACCCGAAUACGCACACAUUAGCGAGUGGAUGGCACAGGCCGACAGCCUUACAUCUGACGGACACAAGUGGUUCAACGUCCCCUAUGCAUGCGGCAUCUUCUAUUGCCGCUCACGACAACUGCUCACUUCUAUCCUCGCGGGUAGCGGCGCAGUGCCGGCAUAUCUAUCCACUUCUCACUCCUCCAAUGAAAACCUGGACUUGGAGUGGACGACCACCGUCCCUUCUCCGCUGCAUACCAACAUCGAAAACUCGCGCCGGUUCAUCGCGUUGCCUCUAUACGCCGCCCUCCUUGCUAUGGGUCGCCAAGGGUAUGUCGAUAUCGUCCGCCGAAAUGUCCAGUUUGCACGGAACCUAUCAGAGUGGAUGUGUUCUGAAGAAAAUGGUGGCGGGAAGUGGUUCGAAGUCCUCAAUCUCCGCGACGUCAAGGUUUCAGAAGGAACGAGUUCGAAAGAAGAACAAGGCGAGAAGAAGAUGGUGCCGCUCAACGUUGUCCUCUUCCGACCAAAAGACACCGACGAUGUCCCUACGGCUUAUCGUCGCUCUACUCAUCGUGGUAACAAAGGCACUGCUACGCUCAUCCGUGACGUCAACGCCACCAAAAAGUUGUACGUCUCCCCUGGUGCGUACUCGGCAGAUGAUGGGUGGCGCCGUGAGGAUUGCUGUUUCAAAUUGGAUGACGGGGUACAUGGAUGA